UACAUUUAUCUUACAAAAAUGGACGUUGGACAUAUUAUCGUCGGUAUUUGUUUGCAUAUCACGUGUUUGAGAUGGGCCGAAAAUAUAUUUAGAUGAGACGGGACGCAAGUAUCGUAAAAACUUGAUUCAGUUCUGCAAAGAUGCUUAAUUUGCCAACAAAUUGCUAUUGAUCGAGUAUGACUUUAUAGUAAUGGGAGCUGGAGCCGCAGGAGCGCCUGUCGCUCGGAGGUUAGCAGAAGUGCCGGAAUGGAAUAUACUACUGUUGGAGGCCGGCGGAGAAGAGUCGCUGAUAAAUUCAUUUCCAGCCAUUGCGCACUAUUUGCAGUUUACAGAUUACGAUUGGGCGUACCGCACGGAUAAAGAGCCGCACGCGUGUAAAGGGCAUACGGAAAAGGUCUAUUUCUGGCCGGCCGGCAAAACACUAGGAGACAGCACGAUAAUCAACGACAUGUACACAAGGGGCAAUGUGAGGGACUUUGACUGGUUAGCUUAUGCCGGAAAUCUGGGAUGGUCUUACGGAGACGUAUUACUUUAUUUCAUGAAAAACGAAGACGUUAAAGUACCUGAACUGAAACGAUCGCGUUAUCACGGCGUGGGAGGGCCAUUGUCGAUAAAUCAUCCGUCCUAUAAAUCAAAAUUGAUCGUCGCGUUUUUAGAAACGUAG